UAUAUAUAUGACAGAAAAGGAAUAACAAUUCAAACCCUUCUUAAUAGCAUUUUAUUCAGGUCUUGCAUCUAUGGUAGGCGAUAUGAUUAUGUUUCCUUUUGAUACCAUUGGAACAAGAAUCAAAGCACAUAAGUCUGAGUUCUUGGGGAUGAAGCAAGGAUAUAAUCUUAUUGUUAAGAAUGAAGGAUUUAAAUAUUUAUUCAAAGGGUUUUCCACAACAGUAAUGGGUAAUUUGUAUUAAUUAUCAAUAGGUUCAUUUAUACCAUAUGGUUCAUAUUUUUUAGCUUAUGAGUAUAUGAAUUAUUAUGCAAUCAAAUUAACAAAAUGCUUAGAGAAAGACGGAGAAAAAAGUAAGCUUAAUUUAUUGAUUCCUCUUAUCACUUCACCAUUAGCCGAAGCUGUGUCAGUCAUAAGUAUAAAUAUAUAACUAUUAAGCCUACAUACCUUUUGAUACUUUAAGAACCAGAAUGUAGAUGAAUGUUCCUGAAUAUAAUUAUAAAGGAAUAUUUUCAGGAUUAAUGGAAAUUUCUAGAAAAGAAGGUUGGAUUCGUUUAUUCUAAGCAUCUUAUUUAUACAUGGCCUCUGUAGUUGUAUAUACAACAUUCUAAAUGUGGUUCUAUGAAUUAUUGAGAUAUGAAAUCUUAAGAUAAAGGGAUGAUUAAACUUUACAUAAUCAACCUUUAGCAAUUCAUUAAUCUAUUAUUGCAACAAUGAUUUCAACUGCUCUGGCUGCAGCCAUAGUCAAUCCUGUUGAUUUUAUCAUUACUAGAUACUAACUUGUAGAUAGUAGUUAGCAAUAAUUAUCAGUGAAAAAUUUGGUUUUAGAAGCUUGGCAUUAAGAAGGAAAAAAAGCAUUUCUUAAAGGUUUAGGAACAAGAGUAUUUUAAUGCAGUUUAUUUUCUAUCUUUUAUUUUCCAGUUUAUGAUCAUUUUAAAUCUAAGUAUGGAAUCACUUUAGCAGAUUGAGUAAUGGAAUAAAAGUAUGACUUUGUAUAAU